UUAUUUUUUGCUUUAGGAUACUUAUUUUAUUAUGAUAAAUGUAAAAUUGAUCGUGUUGUUUAUUUGUGUCAGUAAUAUUGGUGGGUGCUGCUGUGAUUACUGCAGGAUAUGUCCUAGCCACACGCUCUGCAUGUAUAAGAGACCGGGGCCGGGCCCAUAUUGCAGAUCGUACGACGAGACGGCUUCAAUAACGAAGGAGGAUGUCGAGACGAUCGUCAACAAAAUCAAUCAGAGGAGGAACUUUGUCGCUCUCGGGCUGGCCAGGAACUUACCGAGUGCUGCUAACAUGAAUCAAAUGCGUUGGUCUGAAGAGCUGGCCGUAUUUGCCCAACGAUGGGCAGACCAGUGCGAUCCCGCCGUCCGCCCCGAUAGGAAGGACCUCUGUCGCGAUUUGGUGGACACAAAAGUCGGGCAGAGCAUAGCUACUGUGAUGGGUCUGUCGCCUGGAUUAAGCGUUAAAAGUUUCGUGGAAAUGUGGUACAUGCAAGCUUUAGACUACAAUGGAAGUGUCACUUAUUACAACCAAUCAGAGGGCCGUAAAACUGAUGAUUUCACACAAUUAAUCUGGGCAGAAACAACGCUAGUUGGCUGCGGGAAAGCAAGAUUUAGCAUAGACGACAAAGGCACGAUGAUAGACAGAUUCGUUUGUAACUUUGCUCCCAAAGGAAACGUUCGAGGCAAACCAGUGUACACUAUUGGAUACCCGGCGACGCAAUGCAAAGAAAACUCUCAUAAAGAUGAAAGAUUUACAGGCCUUUGUAAAUCUGUUACAGAAAAACCUCAGAAAACAAUAGCAACAACCGAAAACAGUCUGUUGAGAAUCAUUAACUUGUCGAAAAAUCCAGUGAAGUUGGAUAUGGACCCUCUUCGACUCGACUACAAAAACCGAGAGAUGAAACAAGAUAGAUUGAAUUUUAUGAGACACCAGAAUUUGAGACAUAUCCCAAAUAGCACGCGCGGACUCGUACACCACAUAACACCAGUGAGGCAACAAAGUAUACAGGAAUUGCCAAAUAUUGCUCCAUUGCAUAAUGUUAUAAAUCGCCAAAACCUCUUAGGACAUACUCCGAACAUUUACGGUGGUUUUUACAGAACAAGAUCUCCAAUAGAACAUUACAGAAGGAAUGACUACAUGAGAGACACGGUUAACCCUAAUUAUUAUGAUGUAAACCUGGAACCAUUAACUUAUGAUGGGCAAUGUACUCGUACGUCAGGAACUGUUCAUAAUUAUAAUGCUUGCCACUCUGUUAGUGAAAUAGGACAUCCUCAAUGUAGUCGAAAAGGCAAAGAAAGAAAUGACUAUAUACUAACAUCUCCACCUUCCUGCAAGAAAAAAGACCAUGCAUCUAUAAAUGCAUGUGACUCGCAAAAACUUACUUGCAUGCCGAAUCCAGCCACAACUGUAAACAAUUGCAAUUACAAAUGUCAUUGUCCUAACAUUGAGAAUCCGGGAUUGGAUAAUCGUCGCCGAAUCCCAGGCGAAUAUGUGUACUACGAUCACCUUCCCAGCUUAGCCCUUCGAGGUGGGGUAGAAUUCGACGGUAGGCACCCUACAAAGCAUCAUACGGAUUCAAUUACCUCAAUCCCUAAAGAGCAAAGUACUGGCAACUACAAAGGAGAUUAUUAUGACAUAAAUAUACCUAAGCAAAUAACUAAUACACCAAGAUCGUUGCGAAAGAAUUAUCGUAACCACCAUCCCUAUUUCCUAAGUCCUAGAGGAAGGUCGAAAAGACUAGUGGAAACACAAUUUUCAGAUCUUCGGAAAGUUGAUGAAUCGCUUAAACGAUUAAAACGAAAUCCAAGAUAUACGACAUUGCGAAACAAUAUAAAAAGUAAAUUUAGAACAUAUGGAAACAUUGAAAUUAUUUCAGAACCCAUAACGAUACCAGGAAAAGAUUUCAAUGAACAUCGUCAUGAAAGCGCAGACAGGUCUUUGUCGUUUGACGAGUUAAUGAAUUUUAGAAAAAAUCGCGGUGGGGAAAUUGACUAUAACAUAAGAAGAAAAAACAAAAACGACAAAAAAACUGUUAAACCAAAAACCACUAAACCCAAAACCACUAAACCUACGACCACUAAACCCAAAACCACUAAACCUACAACCACUAAACCAACAACCACUAAACCUAAAACUACUAAACAAAAACUCGCUAUUAGAAAAGACGAAAAAGCCAGCGAAUCAUCAAAAGCGCCAGAGACAACUACGUCUUCUACUAUACAAAUGACUAUAAUCGGUAGCUUUUCUCCGCAGAGCGCUUGUACACGUAGAAUUACAUGUACAUGGACGAUGCCAAAAAUGACUGAUGCGAAUGGCAAAGUUAUUGAUGGUGGUGGUGGAGGAGGUGGCGGAGGUGGCGGUGGCGGAGGUGGCUGGAAUGGUGGGGGUGGCGGAGGUUUUCCAAACGGGAGGACGCCGUGGGGACACGUUGAAAACUGUACCCGAAGAUAUACUUGUAGUCGCAUAUUCUACAAUAGAAACGUACAAGCAAGCGAUACUGCCGCCGGGGAAACGACUCUUCCAGAUGAAGAUUAUUGUGAGCGACGAGCACUCGACGUGAGACGAAAAGAUUUGGAUGAGACCGGAACUGUACAUCGUUAUAAACAUUCCAAUGAACCAUCUCUAGUUACGCCUUCGAUGAAAAAUGAAUGCGCUGGGAAAGCUUAUGUCGAUUGCUUAUGCAACGAUCAAAAACCAAGAAAAAAAAGAAGUCGCGCUUGCAAACACAAGGAAGAGAAAGAAGUUCCAGAAUGUAAAUCAAAGAAAAAGGAGAUCCCUAAAAAUUUAUUGGUGUUAGCUUUUAGUAAAAUCUUACAAUCGUGGGAAAAUAAUCGUAAUAAGCAUAGAAAAACUCGUAGUGAGUGCCAUUGUAAUGCAAGUGUACCGACACGUAUGUAUAUCAGUCACAUGUUUAUAUUCUUUAUUUUUAUCACACUAAAUUAAACAAAUUAAUAAUAA